UUAUUACUUUCUCCUUGCCUGUACGGUUUAAAGAAUAUUUACUUGUUUGCUUUCUAUGCUGUGGUUGUUAUUAUUAUUAAUAUGGUUGGUGAAGUCAGUUCUUUAUUCACAUUUGAAUUGAAUACUGUGCGCUAAUAAUUAAAAAGGCAAUUUCAUAAUUUGACUUAAACUGGUGGAAACUGUAUAGCAACAUGUUGGGGAUCCAAGGGAUGACGGGAUCCCUGCUGUUCACCGUCAUCAUGUCCGCCUUCGGGUCGGGCUUCCAGCACGGGUACAACGGGGUGGUGGUCAACCCUCCGCAGAUGGUGCUGGAGCAGUGGAUCCGCCAGGUGGCGGGCGACAGGAGCGGGCUGGCCCCAGAGGACGUGGACGACAACACCAUCACGUGGGUGUGGUCUGGCGUGGUGGCCGUCAUGUGCGUGGGCGGCAUGGUGGGCGGCGCGACCACGGGCGCCGUGGCCCAGCGCUUCGGCCGCCGCGGGGGCCUGCUCGUCAACAACGUGCUGGUGUUCGUCGCCACCGCCAUCUACGGAACGUGUAAGGUUGCAAAAUCCUACGAGAUGUUUCUCAUCGGGAGAUUCAUUAUUGGGAUCAACAAUGGCCUCAACACCGGUCUUUGUCCCAUGUAUCUCUCCGAGAUCUCUCCGAAGCUGCACAGAGGAGCUGUGGGCACGCUGUACGAGUUGUUCGUGAACCUGGGCGGGGUGCUGGCCACGGUGUUCGGCGUGCAGGCCGUGCUGGGCACGGAGAAGGACUGGCCCUACCUGUUCGGCCUCAUGUCGGUGCCCGCCGCGAUGCAGCUGGUGUCGCUGUGCUUCGUGCCCGAGUCGCCGCUGCACCUGCUUGCCUCCGGGGCCGGCGACGACACCGACGCCAGAGAAGCGCUGAUGUGGCUGCGCGACACUGACGACGUGGACGAGGACCUGCAGGAGCUGGCCAGCGAGCUGUCCCCCGGGGAGCGGCCCAUGCUAGGGCUGCGGGAGCUGCUGGCCGAGCCUGCGCUGCGGGAGCCGCUGGUCAUCGCGCUCGUCGUCAUGGCGUCGCAGCAGCUCGCCGGCAUCAACGUGGUGAUGUUCUACUCGACCAAGAUCUUCGUGGCGGCGGACAUGUCGACGCGCGACGCGCAGCUGGCGACGCUGGCGGUGAGCGUGGUGAAGAUGCUGUCCGUGCUGGUGUGCACGGCGCUGGUGGACCGCGCGGGCCGCCGGCCGCUGCUGCUGGCGGGCUACGGCGGGAUGUGCGGCUCGGCCGUGCUGCUCACCGUCAUGCUGCUGUUCGUGGAGCAGGCCACGUGGGUGCGGUGGCUGACGGCGCUGCUGCUGAUGCUGUUCGCGAGCUCCUUCUCCGUGGGGCCGGGCGCCAUCCCCUGGUUCCUGGUGGACGAGCUGUUCAGCCACUCGGCGCGCGCCUCCGCCAGCAGCGCUGCCGUCUGCCUCAACUGGCUCUGCAACUUCGUCGUCAGCAUGGUCUUCCUGCCGCUGCAGAUGGUGAUGCACUCGUAUGUGUUCCUCAUCUUCGUGGUGCUGCUGGUUGUGUUCGCCUUCUUCGUGUUUGCCAAGCUCCCCGAGACGAAAAAGAAACCAAUAAUAGAAAUCACGGAACUAUUUGAAUAACAACUAUCGUCUUUUGUAAAACCAAUUAAGACAAUUAAAUGUCCCAACAUUUUUUUUUUAGACAGUUUAGUACUAAACUAUUUUUUUUGCUGUCCUAGUAGACGCAUAGUUAAUUUUUAUGAUUUAUUUUCGUCUGUAACCGUGUUCGAAUGAAUGGGUCUGAGAGAAAUAUACUCUUUCUUGAAAA